AUGACAAGAUUGACAUCAGUUGCAGAACAAGCACUCACCAACGACUUCGUAUACUCUUUGAGAUUGACUGUAAAGCCAGCAAAUGAAUAUAUGUUUGAGGUAUUUAAAGAAGAUAAGUCAUGGAUUGUAAAUAUUAAAGAACGAAAUUGCACUUGCAAUAGAUUUCAGAAGGAUGAAAUGUCAUGUGGCCAUGCUCUUGCUAUGAUGAAGGAGAUGAACAUAGACCCCUACGAUUAUUGUUCACAUUACUACACAACAAAAGUAUGGUUAGAAACAUACGAUGCAACUGUGUAUCCAGUAGGGAAACAACAACAUUGGGAAUUACCAGACUUUUUCAAAGACAUCAUAGUGUUGCCUCCAUUUGAAAGAGUGAAGGCUGGAAGACAAAAAAAAAGAAUUAUAGCUGCUUGA